GUCCUCCCCAAGCUGCCUCCCAGCGCCAUUCCCCGCGUCCCCUUGUCCGGGCCAUGGAGGGCUUAGUGCUGCGCCCCGCCAAAGACUACCGGGUGGUGGUGCUGGGCAGCGUGGCGGUGGGUAAGACGGCGCUGGCCACGCAGUUCGCGUGCGGCCGCUUCCCCGAGCGCUGCGAGCCGUCGGUGGAGGAGCUGUUCAGCAAGGUGAUCGAGGUGAACCGGGCUCCCGCGCUGCUGGAAAUCGUGGACACGGUGGGCGCCGAGCAUCUGGUCACCCUCAAAGACCUGUACAUCAGGAACAGCGACGGCUUCGUGGUGCUCUACAGCGUGUGCGACGAGGCCUCGUUCCAGGCCGUGCGGCCGCUGCGGGAGCGCAUGGGCCGGCUGCGGGGCUCGCGCGCGGUCCCGCUCGUGCUGGUGGGCACCAAGGCCGACCUAGAUGCCGAGCGCCAGGUUCUGACGGCCCAGGGCCGCGCGCUGGCCCGCGAGUGGCGUUGCCCGUUCCUGGAAAUCACGACCAAGAGCAAAACGAUGGUGGACCACGUGUUCACGCAGGUGGUGCGCGAGAUGGAGGCCCUGGCCCCGCCGGGACAGGAGGCUCCCCGCAUCCCCGCCAACGCCCUGGAGACGUGGCCCGCCGAGAGGUUCAUUGGCUAGCGCGCCACGGUCCGCCGGCUCAGUGCCUUUUCCCAGAAACGUAUCCAACAGUGGCUGCUUUUCUGUGUAUUCACCGCAAAGGGUGAUGGUGCUUCAAUCUGCCUGCCUGUCUUUCUUCAAUGUUAGGCAAAAACUUUGCAACAUCCCCUCUGUUGACCUCCGACUGUGCUACAAGAAGAAACCAAAAUUUACAUUUUACCGUAGAGAAAAUUUACAGCCCUGUUCAAUCUGUUUCGGACUCCCACCCACCCGUCUAAUUUUUGUAAAUAGCAACUCGGGAACUUUUGAUUGGUUGGGUAGUGUGCACUGAUGAAAGGUUUUCUUCAGCUUUAGGACGGUUUUCUCUCCUUUACAGCCUUGAAUCCAGCAGUGAGAUUUUCCUCAACAUGAAUUCCUAAAUAUAGUUAUGACUUAUGUCAUGUUGGUUUGAAAGGGGAUACUGGACGGGAGACAACUGUGCACGCACACUAAGAUAGCUCGGCCCUACCUUGUAAUUGACAUUUAGUUGGUUUCCACAUCCUCUGCAUUGGGAAUAAAAUUAGAAGUUGGUGAUUUUUAA